AUGCAGCGGGCAGUCUUUUUGUUUGCCCUCUUCUUCACAGUCUUCUAUUUGUUUCCUCGAGAGACAGACGAGAUUGGUGGUGAUGUGCUGAAAAGAAAUGUUCUUCUGGCGUACAAAGACACCUUGCGGGAGCAAAGAAAUGAGCUUGCGAGAUCACAAUACUACCUGGGAUAUGGCAACUUGACAGGGUUCAAGCUUUCUUACCAAGACAAUCUAGAAAAUAGGAAUAUCCUGCUUUGGCCAUUUAGGGAGUACAGUCGUGAGCAUCCGUGGACAGAAAACCAGAACCACAGUAUCUUGCCCAAUGAAGUUAGUGACAAGGUCAAGCUGUUCUAUGGUCUAGAUCCGGUUGUGUCUUCAGGAAAGGCGUACCACUUGAACAUAUCGGGCCAUGUCUAUGGUGAAUUUCUGGUGUCUGAGACAGCGCAAUCGCUCAAACCUUUUUCCUUUCGAUUACCGCAGUACUUGUGGGAAUACUAUCGCUAUUUCCAACAGGAACAAUACGAGGAUGAAAAACAAAGAUAUGAGCAAGAUCCGGAAAACAACUCACCCCCUCAAGAGAUUGUCGAUACGGACGAAAAAAUAGGAAACAUAACCACAUACAAAGACGGGUUGAUUGAUUUGCGUAUCGACUCUUUAGCAAGCUCUUAUCCGGACUUAGACAUUUCAAAGAAUGGUUUGGCGGCUUACGAUGAUGCUGUUCUUGUGGUAUUAUCAUUGACGCUAAAAAACCGUACGGAAGCUGACUCCAACUCCUUUGAUAUGUUUGGAGUGUACUUCCAAAACACAGGCGAACUAGUUGCCUUAACCCGGUCUGCCAAGUUCCGUGGAAACCACGCUUUGCCUCAUUUUACAAUGGAUGAAGCCAAUUUCAACAAAAGUAAAACGCUAAUGGCGCGUCUUGUCAAUGCUACCAAUAUCGAGGAAGAUGUUUCCCUUGAAGAUAUCAACCGGUCUCUCCUUCUCUCGCAACUGCUGUGUGAGCUUGUUUCAUACUUCCAGUUCGAGAAAACUGCCUUCACACAACAGGAAUUGAGGUUUAUUGAUGACGAGCUUCAAGAUCCAAAGGGUGUUCCUUUGCCAAAACGGUUGCCUGAGUUGGAAAUUUCACACUCUGUGAUAUAUUCGCCAGACUGUGCAAUUUUGGUAGAAACGACUCCAGAGAAACCAUUGGUGGGUAAUAAACUUGAAGUUACUAUGAACCAAAUCUAUCGUUUUUUCGUUCUUUUAGUGGUGCUCCAGUUUCUUAAUCUCAACUUGUUUCGCAGGCAAACUAACGCCAAUCAGACACCAAGCCGCUUGUCCAAUGUGUCCAAAUUCAGCAUUUUUCUUCUCAGUCUUUAUGACUCCAUUGUUUGUCUUAUGUCAGUACUGUACUUGUGGAAUACACAAGUGAGCCUUGUUUGCACCUGCCUUGGAUCACUCAGUGGCAUUUUGUUCAUUGGGCUUGAAGUACGUUACAUGACAAGCAUCAGCUACACUCAAGCGAACGAAAGAGGCACUACCUUAUGGGAGAUUCUCCGAGGUUCUAGGCAAAAUGCUGUUACAGAGAAUUCAAAUGAAACUGGUGGUACUCCAGAGACAGGCGAAACGAAUGUUGUAAACGGCACUGCGAAUGAAAACGGGCCCGCAAAUGCCAACCCCAACGUUAAUGCGAACAAUUGGCUUUAUUUUGACGAGUCAAGUGUAUUGGUACGCUACAUUGUGACCGGUUUCAUGAUAUCACUUAUUUUCUUGAAUAUGAUGCUUUCAGCCUCACUUUGGCGAGUGUCGGUGCGUCAUGUCAUCGAGUACAUUGGCUGUUUGUUGAUCAAUUCCUACUGGGUGCCGCAGUUUUUCCGUAAUACUUUGAAGAACAGAAGAAAGACUUUUCUGUGGGAGUUCGUAUUUGGGUCGUCCAUGGUGCGGCUCGUCCCAAUAGUUUAUUUAUGUUUGAACCGCUCCAACCCUUUCAGGCAUGGAUACAAUCCUACGUUGGUGAUUACAGUUUCCGGUUGGCUUCUUUUCCAGAUAUUCAUGCUCUACUUGCAAAGCUCGCUAGGACCACGCUUUUGGGUCAGUGAGAGAUGGUUGCCGGAGCAAUAUCACUAUCAUCCUGUGAUGAGCGUGGCCGAUUUGGAGAAUGGAUUCGCUUCUGAUAUCUUAGCAAGUAUGAAGCCACACUUGGGCGAGAGUGGCGUGUCCUUCUGUGAUUUGGACUGUCCAAUUUGCAUGUCAACGGUCACAGUUCCGGUUUUGAGUAAUGACACGGCCAAGAACAAGAAAACUUAUGAAACAAUGAUGAAAAAUGUGAUGGUUACGCCCUGCCAUCACAUUUUCCAUACGAGCUGUCUAGAAGGCUGGAUGGUGCACAAACUUCAGUGUCCAGUCUGUCGUUGCCCUUUACCUCCUGUUUAA